UGAGUCUGCUGUGCUACCGCGCGAGAUGGAGCAGUUCGAGCUCGCGCAUUCAUGAGCUUUCGAGAGAGCAAACUCUGUUUUUAAUCAUCAAUAUUUUGAGAAGUACAUUUCAUAUUUACUAGAGCAUCUCUAGUGCAGAUAGAGGGCGUAUCUGUCGCAAAACACAGUGUACCAGUGCGUUAUUUAGGAGUGUUUUUCGCGUAUGUUUUUACGAAAGAAAGGCGGAGAAACAAUCGCGCUUACAAGUGUGUGUGUGUGUGUGUGUGUUAAAGAGGGGCGUGAGCUUCUGGGACUCUUGUUUCUGAGGCAUUAUUCAUUAGCAGUGCGGUAGACCCUCCUGGGGGCGGUGUUAUUCAAAUUAUCAGGGCGGAGCCGAUGGCGUGGCGGUGUUGAUUGUCAAAUGUAACACGUGGAUCACAAGCACAUCAAUGUACAUCAAACUAUACUGAAGGAUCGCUAGUCAAGCUGAUGGAUGUGGAGCGUGAUGUCCGUGCAGAGUGAGCUUCCGGCCGCUAGCGGGGCAGGUUGUCACGCUCCGUCUCCGCUGCUAACAACCGUCCAGGAGCAGGUGACCGCUAACAUGGUGCUAACCGAACUCGCCGCUAAUCACGUGACUCCUCAGGAUGGGGUCAACCACGACAGACCCUUCCAGAUGAAGAGCAGCUUGCAGACACUGGGCGAGACGUCAGCACCACAGAAGCUCAACAAGCGCCGCUUUAGCAUGAACGUGGGGUUUAAACAUCCGAGUCUUGGGAAACGCAGGCGCCGCGCUAUCUCUGAAAGUGACCCGGUGCUACCCUCUAACUUCCUGAUGGGCGGGAACAUCUUCGAUCCGCUGAACCUCAACAGUCUGUUGGACGAGGAGGUUAGCAAGGCGCUUAACGCCGAGACGCCCAAAUCAUCGCCGCUUCCCUCCAGAAGCCGCGAGCCGGUGGAGAUCCUGAUCCCGAAAGACAUCACAGACCCGCUGAACCUGAGCUGUGCGGAUGCGGCCGCUGGCGUGCUGGUGUCGCCCAUGAAGAGCCGGCGCCGACACCGCAACCGGCACCACCCGGGGGUUGCCGCUGACCCCUCUGACGCGGAGAGGCCAAAGGUCAUUGAGGGGUUGACGCUCCCUGUCGUGGAGGCUACGGUCGCCGUGGCGCUGAAACCCGUGGAGGAGUCGCCGCGCCCGUAUGAGCUCAACACAUCAAUCAACUGCCGCGACGAAGUGGUGCCGCCCAUAUUGCCGCGGCGACGGUCCCACCCCUCCUCGACUAGCUCCACCCAGUCAUCUAAACACAGGAAGCGCAGACGAACCACCAGCCAUUCUGACCGCCUGUCAAUCACGCCGACUCCGCCUACUAAACGUCCAGUUGUGCAGACCUUCCACACUCCUGUUGUGGGUGGAGCCAGCAGAGCCCCUCCUCCAGGGGCGGCACUAACCCAGCAGCAGCGCAAGCCUCAGCGCCAGUUCCAGUACGGAACCUACAGCCGUUACUACGGUUACCGCACGCCGUCGCUGAUCGCCGACCCACGUCUGGCCUUCUUUAAGCCGGAGUGGUUCCGCGGGAAACGGGUCCUGGACGUGGGCUGCAACACGGGUCACGUGACCCUGGCCAUUGCGUGGCACUGGAGCCCUGCCCACAUCCUGGGCCUGGACCUGGACGGGGCACUGGUGCACACGGCCCGCCAGAACCUACGCCAUUUCCUGUCGGAAUUACAGGACAGGAAGCAGUCAGGUGGGUCAGAGGUCGAGGGGUUGGCGCCGCUCAUGGGCCUCCAGCUGGACCGGACCUCAGCAUUACCCAGGUUCCCUGUGUCCUUCACUCGCUGCAGGGGACCCAUCGCCACGCUUCCCAUCAUGGCUCUCUGCCCCGGCCCGUUCCCCUGCAACCUGUCCUUCCUGCAGGGCAACUACGUGCCGGACAGUGAUGCGUCAGUGAUGUCACAGUGUGCUGAGUAUGAUGUCAUCCUGUGUCUGAGUUUGACCAAGUGGGUCCAUUUAAACUCCGGAGACGCUGGACUCAAGAGACUGUUCCAUCGCAUCUACAGACACCUGUUACCUGGAGGAGUCCUGAUCCUCGAACCCCAGCCCUGGAGCAGCUACAGCCGCCGCAAGAGACUGACGGAGGAGACCUACAAGAACUACAGCAGCAUUAGACUCAAGCCUGACCAGUUCAGCUCCUUCCUCACCGCUGAGAUCGGCUUCAGCAGCUACGAGCUCAUCGGCUCACCGCGCACAUGUGCUAAAGGGUUUCAGAGGUCGAUUUACCUGUUCCAUAAAGGCCCCGCCUCUAACAGGAAGUGAGUUUCAGCAAGAGCGAUGGAAUUGUCAUCGGAUCUUCUGAUUGAAACCGACACACAGUUUUUGGUGUUUGGUAAUGUUGUGCUGAGGUUUGUUCUUCCUGUGCCCUACAGCUGGACUACUUCCUGUGUGCUCUGUUUUUAACUGUUAUACGUGUCAGAACUGAGACUCUUUGACCUCCGGGUCACAUGAGCGUUAUGUGUGUCACGUGUGACUCGAUCCGCUCUGACGACACGCACGUUUCCCUGUAACACUGACGCACACCGCUCUGAUCUCAGCCGCUUCCACAUGUGCAAAUAAAUCUGUUUCUGUUGCGGG